AAAAUAUCUUGAGUGACUGAGAGGGUAAUCAAAGCUGCAGGCUCUCUUAUCUAGUUAUCUUUUUCCUACCUCCCAACUCGAUAGACUCAAAACAAGUUCAUAAUCCAAAGCUGCAGAGAGAGGAAUAAUGAGUUCUUCAUUUUGCACCUUAAUUUCCUCAAAAAAUCAUACUGUAAUCUUGAAACCAAGCACAAACCCACUUCUAAAGGGAGACUCUGUUCCUCUUCCAAAGCACCUUUCAUUUGGUAGGAGGAGAAAGCCCUUAACCCCACCAAGGGCUUUGCUCUCAUCCACCAAAGAAGCAGUCUUGAAAGAGUUUCAUCAGAAAAGAGCCCUAAAGAUUAUUUCAGGGUUGCAAAAUCUUAACAAAGAAAAUGUUGCUGCUGUUGUUACUGCUGCAGAUAAGGGAGGAGCAACUCAUGUGGACAUAGCUUGUGACCCAGAACUGGUGAAACUUGCUACUGCCCUGACUUCUCUUCCGGUUUGUGUCUCAUCUGUGGAUCCGGCAGCAUUCCCGGCUGCAGUAGAAGCAGGAGCCUUGAUGGUGGAGAUUGGAAACUAUGACUCAUUCUAUGAGAUGGGACUGAUAUUCUCCCCGGAGCAGAUUCUGAAUCUGACAAAGGAGACUAAGAGAAUUCUUCCAUCCAUCACAUUGUCAGUCACUGUGCCUCACACGUUGAGCCUUCCCGAUCAGAUUAAACUAGCCGAGAUGCUGGAACAAGAAGGGGCUGAUAUCAUCCAAACAGAAGGAGGAAAGUGCUCUAAUCCUUUGAAACCUGGCAUCUUGGGCUUAAUAGAAAAAGCGACCCCAACGCUAGCAGCAGCAUAUGCAAUUUCACGGGCAGUGAAGAUUCCCGUCAUGUGUUCAUCUGGACUAAGUGCAGUCACAGCGCCAAUGGCAAUCACAGCCGGAGCUGCUGGCGUGGGCGUCGGCUCAGCCAUUAACAAACUCAAUGAUACGAUCGCGAUGAUUGCUCAAGUAAAAUCCAUAGCUGAUUCAAUUGGGCUGUCCAACAAGAAGCAGGAUGUUUUGGAAGAGAGCAGAUUUAGAUUAUGAGUAUGAUGUUUUGGCUACUGGGGAUAGUAGUGAAAUUGUCAUUGUUGUUAAGGCGUCACCUAGGCAACACCUGUCGGGUCAGUGGAGACCAGACGCCUAACGAGCUCGCCUCGCCUUACAAAAAAAAAAAAAAAAACCCUACUAAUACAAAGUCCCCCCCUUCUUUUCCUGGCAUCGUCUUAGUGGUGGUUUAUUUUGUUAACCCCAAUUAUGAUCCAUCAACAGAUCCUAAAAGGCUAAAUCUAAAGACCCAUGCUGAAAAUGUUAAAUUAU